GUUACCGCAACUUUUGAAGGGAAGGUAGAGAACAUUAACAACAGAGAAGCCCAGAGUCUACCCAGAGCCCACUUAUUUUUGUGCCAGAAAGGGCAGUGUAUUUUAUUCGGGGAGAUAUUUGAAGUGCGAAGGCAUAUGGAUGGUGGAUCAAGAAUGUGGUGUUUCGUCUCCGCACUUCUAUGUGUUGUGAGUUUUCUGGCGGAUACUCUAGCAAUCAAACUUCGUCUACAAGAAAGAAAAUGGAUGCGAAGCAUGUUUUUCACUGGGAUGUGUGCUGGUUGUCUUGCUGCAACUAUUGUUUCUAUUGGCUUCAAGUCUUGGUGUGGGUCUUUCACCAUAAACAGUUGCUGGUACAACAAUAAACAAGACUGGCAUUUUUUCACCCCCAAAUUUUCUGACUGUUAUGGAGCUUUUUAUUGGUUUCUGGCUAUCACUAUAUGCCUCUGGUUCUCGUUGUUACUGAAGAGUCUCGUCCUGUUCUGCUAUAAAUGGAACAGACAUAUAGUGAUGACUACAAGCAGUUAACAAACAAGGGUAGUGACAUGCUUGAUGAUAUACGCCCUUAUUCACACUCACAGCAACAAUCUCUUUAUAAAAUCAAUAUUUGUAAUUAUUUUUGAAAAUCAGUUGUAAAAUGACUUGACAAUAUCGUAUUUUUUGCAAUCACCUACUUGUGAAGUUAUGGCACCAGCGAUUCAUUUCCUUGGACAUAAAAAUCUGGAACUUUUUACCUCAAAAGAUUGCAGCUGUCAUUUGUCAUCCUAGGCCCGGUUCCUCGAAAGCAGGUUGUCAAUCAAUCAAUCAAUCAAUCAACCAAUCGUUUUAAUAAACCACUUGCAGUCGUAA